GUGCCGAAGGAAGAUGAUCAUUAACGUAAGGGAGUCGACUAUUGUGCGCCCGGCGCAGGAUACUCCGAAGCGCAGCCUGUGGAAUUCUAACGUGGACCUGGUGGUGUCGAGAAUGCAUACGCCGAGUGUGUAUUUCUACCGUCCGAAUGGAUCGUCCAAUUUCUUUGAUACGCACGUGCUCAAGGAGGCCCUCAGCAAGGCCCUCGUCCCAUUCUAUCCUAUGGCUGGGAGGCUCGGCAGGGACGUGGACGGUCGGAUCCAGAUAGAUUGCAACGGUGAAGGCGUUCUGUUCGUUGAGGCGGACACGGGCGCUGUGAUAGAUGACUUUGGGGAUUUCACACCCACCAUGGAACUGAAGAAACUCAUCCCCACCGUUGAUUACUCUGGGGAAAUCUCGUCCUACCCCCUCUGCGUGCUACAGUUAACAUAUUUCAAAUGCGGGGGCGUGGCACUUGGUGCGGGCGUGGAGCACCACGCAGCUGAUGGCUGCUCGGGCCUACAUUUCAUGAACCAUUGGUCUGAUGUGGCCCGUGGGCUUGAUCUCACUAUCCCUCCCUUCAUGGACCGGACCCUCUUGCGGGCCCGGGACCCACCAACUCCAUGUUUCAACCACAUUGAAUAUGAGCCAUCUCCUCCUUGGAAGGCCCCACCCCAGUCCCAAAAAUCCAGCCCCACCAUCGCAGCCUUCAAAUUCUCACGUGAUCAGCUCAACCUCCUCAAGGCCAAAUGCAGAGAUGGGCCACACAGCAAUGUCAGCUACAGCUCAUAUGAUUCGUUGGCAGGCCAUGUGUGGCGAUGUGUAUCGAAGGCCCGUGACCUGCCCGAAGACCAGCAGACUAAGUUGUAUGUUGCCGUCGACGGCCGGACCCGCCUACACCCACCACUCCCGCCGGGCUUCUUUGGGAAUGCCAUUUUCACAACGACACCGGUCGCAACUGCCGGAGAACUUGUAGCGGGCCCAUUAGCUUAUGCGGCGGGGAAAAUUCACAACACGGUGGCACGGGCUGAUGAUGAGUACCUGAGGUCCGCAUUGGACUACUUGGAAUUACAUCCGGACCUGAAUUCAUUAGUACGUGGGCCCCACACUUUCGGGUGCCCGAAUCUUGGGAUCACAAGCUGGGCCAGGCUACCGAUAUACGGUGCGGAUUUUGGAUGGGGCCGGCCCAUAUUCAUGGGGCCCGGCGGGGUCGCCUAUGAGGGCCUUGCCUAUGUCCUUCCCAGCCCAACCAGUGAUGGGAGCUUGACUGUGGCCAUUUCGCUGCACGCAGACCAUAUGGCCCACUUCCGGGAGCUGAUCUACGACUUCUGAUCGGGCCCUGGUAUGUCCAAUCAGCUUGUUUCCGAGUAGACUGACAUUUUGUCGUUACAUCGGACGGCUUGGAUUGCAGUUAUAAUGCUUCAGAUGAGGGUUAUUUGUUCUUCUUCUUUUCUGGUUCAUGUGAAAUGGCUUUUUUUCAUGUAACCUCUACAUUUUUCUGUGAUCAUAAAUGCAAGCAACGGUUUAACACCUCA